AUGGUCGAGGUGACUGGCCUCUCGGAAGAAGCGGAGGUCGUGGCCGUCGACUUCGUGAUGCGCCGAGCCAGUGACUGCCGAUGCGCCGACGGAAAGGAAGGGGAAAUCGUUGGUGGGUCGGAUUGUUGUGUUCUAUGGGAGAGUGUGGUUAGGGUUUACGGUUUUGAGGGUGAGAGUCUGGUCGAGAAUUGUGGAUGUCUGAAAUUUGAGAAGCAGAUGCACGAACAAAGAUCAUAUUUAAGAACAACCCCAACAAGAGCUGUUUUCUCAGAUUCAGUAUAUUUGCAAAAGCGAUCGAAAAUCAGUGAAAAUUGUAACAUGACCCUUACACAUAAAAACAAAAACAAAUUCCCAGAUGUCUCGUGCAAGUGGAAGCACUCGAGCAACUGCAAGAACUAUCGCAAGGAUGGCACCUAUAAAACCCGGUUCGCGAGGGUCUGGGUCGCAUUAGCAUCCCGCUCCUCCUCCAGGACAAUGGCUCGUGGCAGCGUAGUAGCUCUCCUUGUGGCGACAGCCUGCUUACUGGCGGUUGUGACGACCAGCAGCGUCAACCGGUACGGAUUCAACCAAGGAUUCGGACAAGGAUUUGGACAAGGAUUCGGACAAGGAUUCGGACAAGGAUUCGGCCAAUACGGACAAGUGAGCCUCAACAACUACAACCCUGCUUUCUUCCCCAACCUCCUGGGCGGUUUCAACUUCUACAGCCAACAGCCUGCAGCCAACUACCUAGGUUGUAAAUACUGGUGCAGGAGCUAUCACCCCGGCGGCUUAUACUACUGCUGUACCACCGGGUAUGAGGGAUAAGGCGGACAAGAUGGCAAGAUGAGAGCAGCGUAUUUCCUUCGCUGGUCACGCAGAUGUCGCUCAUUGGAAAUCCUGAAUAAAGACUGAAAAUUAC